AAUGGAAAACGGGAACGGUACGAUUUCAUUUUGUCUUUUUAAAGCGAGUUUCUGGAAUUGUGAUUUUAGUUCUGGCUAUUUUUAUGGCUGUUUGACUGGGAUAUUUAGUGUGCCUUUGCUUGGAUUUCCUAUCAGGAUGCUUUUGCCGAAGAUCAAAAGGUUGCGCAGGAUAUGGUGUGCGAAAAAGGAGAAUGCACAGAAACAUGAACAUACCAAGGCAAACACUAGUCCAUUCAUUGUGCCUGAUGAGAAGCCGAAUAAUGUAGACGAACAGGGAGAGACGUCAGAAUGGCCCUUUACGCUGUCCAAUGAGAAUAAAACGAAUCUACAAAACCGUGUACGUAAUGAGAAAAUCUACGUUGCACAAUGUGAGGGUGAGAAAGAUGUUCUACGUAGUUUCAAAACGAAGAUAAAUGAGAAUCUUGAGGACAAAGCGGACACAGCAUCGUCCAUUAUAAUUCUGCACCAGUUCGAUCAAACGAGAACUAAAAAUAGCCUGGGAAUAUGUGUAAAACAUAUCGACGAAGAUCAACAACUGAAAUCAAACAAGGAAAAGAUUAUUGUUAUUUUUUAUAACACAGGACAAACUUGUACGGAGACAUAUCAAGGGGUCGAGUUUUGGUAUGCCUUGUAAUGUUUAAUCGAAAAGAGCUUUCACUACCGCCGCUAAAAACGGUGUUACUUGUUCAAGUUAUUGUUUGUCAACCAGCAUUUAGUAUUAUAAAUGACUAGCAACGUUAUCAAAGUAUUUAUUGCUAAAUAACUUGGAUGUUUUGCAUUUCAAAAUGAUAUGCUAACAAAAGAGAUAGAAAGCUGAUUUCCGGAGCAGAAAAUGAUGGCAUUCAAUUGUGAAAACUAUAAAAAUGACAAAAUAAUAAGAACCGAUGAACAAUAAUGUAACAAAAGACAAACUGUCCUUUGUUCCUAUGUCAGUGUAAAUGUUAUUUAAUUGUAAUUGAUGCUUGUUAAUCAAUAAGCGCUUUAUUCCCUUAAUACCUACAUGUAGUAAGAAAAAAAAGUAUUCUGUGUAAAUAUUCUGUGGAAUUUACUUUAAAUCAUGCAAUAGAGUUCCGAUAAUAAGACAAUUGAUCAAACAUUAGAUAUAAUUAUGAUUUAUUUUUAUGAAUAC